ACAUGUUCCCAAUGGCCACUCUGUCUGCAUUGGAAGCUCUUCUUGCGCUGUGCCGCGAGCUGAUGGGUGCCGCCCUGGGAUUCUGUAUAAGUGUACUUUACUCUUGGGAGCGCCAACGAAAUUUCGUCGCAACCACCGUCUGAUUUCUCCCUUGAAUUUUUUAUAUCAGGACACGUUCGGCCACUUGUCACUCGUUUCAGACUUGGUUCACCUAUUCACCACGCCGGCGCCCUCGCGCGCAAUCCCCUGAAGCUAUCACCCAAGUACACCCGCAGACUCCCACAGCAGGGGACACACACGACACAUACGGUCAAGAUGAGGUUCGGCAAGGGGCUCCUUUUGGGGCUGCUUGCCUUUGCGCAAGUUGUCAUGGGCGAGGAUUACUACAAGGUCCUCGGUGUCGGCAAGGACGCAACGGAGAAACAGAUCAAGUCUGCCUACAGGCAACUAAGCAAGAAAUACCACCCAGACAAGAACCCGGGUGACGACACGGCCCACGAGAAGUUCGUUCUCGUCUCCGAAGCCUACGAGGCGCUCUCCGACCAAGAGUCACGCUCCAUGUACGACCAACUCGGCUACGACGCCUACAAGCAGCGCAAGCAAAACGGCGGGCAGGGCGGCGGUCACGACCCCUUCGACCUCUUCUCCCGCUUCUUCGGCGGCAGCGGCCACUUUGGCAACCGACCUGGGGAGCGCCGCGGCCCCAACCUAGAGCUCAAGGUCGGCAUCGCCCUGCGAGACUUUUACAAUGGGAAAACGACAGAGUUCCAGUGGGACAAGCAGCAAAUCUGCGACGAGUGCGAGGGGACCGGUGCGGCGGAUAAGGUGGUGCAUAAAUGUCAUGCCUGCAACGGGCAGGGUGUCAGAUUGGUGAGGCACCAGAUCGCGCCCGGGAUGGUCACCCAGGUGCAGAUGCAGUGCGAUCACUGCGGUGGGAGGGGCAAGUCCAUCAAGCACAAGUGCAAGGCUUGCGGUGGCGAGCGGGUUGUUCGCAAGCCUACUCCUGUGUCGGUUACUAUUCAGCGGGGCAUGGCUAAUGGGGUGCGGAUCGCGUAUGAGAACGAGGCCGACGAGAGCCCGGAUUGGGUGGCUGGUGAUUUGCAGGUUACUCUUGUUGAGAAGGAGCCCAGUCUGGAGGAGGACAACCCGGACCAUGUGGAUGGUGUGUUCUUUAGGCGCAAGGGCAAUGAUCUCUACUGGAAGGAGGUGCUGUCUGUCCGGGAGGCCUGGAUGGGCGACUGGACCAGAAAUCUCACACACCUGGACGGGCAUAUCGUACGGUUAGGGCGCAAAAGAGGGGAGAUCAUUCAGCCCGGCCACGUCGAGACGGUGCCAGGGGAGGGUAUGCCCAUCUGGGACGAGGACGGGGACAGCGUCUACCACAAGACCCAGUUUGGCAACCUCUACGUCGAGUACACGGUUAUCUUGCCAGACCAGAUGGAGAGCGGGAUGGAGAAGGAGCUGUGGGCGCUGUUCCAAAAGUACAGGCAAAAGAACGGAGUGGAUCUGCACAAGGAUAGCGGCAGGCCAGAAAAGGUUGUUUUGCAUGAGGACAGGGAGCAGGAGCGGGAGCAUGAGGAGUUAUGAUGAUAUAUUUUGGUAAAGGCGGUUUCCUUUUUUUUCUUCCACCAACAGCUAGAGAGCGGAAACUAGAUGGGUUUCAUCUUUAUAAAUAUGUGGCAUUACAAUGUAUUACAUGGACGUAACAGCAGACAAGAGAUCAGGAUAUUCCAGUCGUAUAUGUGUGUGUAUUACCCCUGAGUUGUGAUCCGUUUCCAUAAAGACAAAAUAAGCAAAGUCAUAUCUAACGUAAACAACAGACAUUGAU